AUGUCUUCAUGUUCGAGUACUAGUUCACAGGUUGCCGAGACAGAUCCGACAGGGCAAUACGAAAGGUACAACGAGAUGUUAGGAGAAGGGUUUUACAAGAAAGUUUACAAGGGAUUUGAUAAUUUAAAUGGUAUGGAAAUCGCAUGGUGUCGAAUUAAGAUAACAACUAAAAUGUCAAAAUCUGACCCUGAUACUGUUAUGCGUUUGUGUACAGAAGCCUGUCUGGUUAAGAAUAUACACCAUGAAAAUAUAGUAAAAUGCUACCGUUCCUGGAUUGAUUAUGAAAACAAGAUCAUUCACAUAAUUACUGAACUUUUUACUUCUAUGACUAUGCGGCAAUACAUCAUGAAUCAUGUUCUUGUUGAUGUUACAGCAGUCAAGAAAUGGUGCAGACAGAUUCUUAACGCGUUGGAUUAUCUUCACACUCGUAAUCCACCCAUCCUUCACCGUGAUGUUAAGGUAGAAAAUAUGUUUGUUUGUGGGAAUUCAGGUACAGUUAAACUCGGAGAUUUUGGUGUGGCCACGGUUUUGAAACCGGGUCAUGGUGCAGUGGGUGUUUUUGGUACAGCACAGUACAUGGCACCAGAGAUUUUCAGAGGAAAUUAUAAUCAACUUGUUGACAUUCAUUCUUUUGGGAUAUGUGUGUUACAGAUGGUUACUGGUAUAGACAAACUGUACGGAGAAUGCACAUAUAAAGAGCAGAUUUACAAAGAGAUUAUGGCGGGUGUAAGGCCUGAAGUGCUAAGUACUGUGACAGACACACAGGCUAAGCAGUUCAUUGAGAGGUGUCUGUCUCCUGCAUAUAAGAGACCCUCAGCAAAGGAGCUAUUGAAUGAUCCGUUUCUUGGACCGAGUGUUGCUUCCACGUCAACAGUACGGACUAAUUUGAGUCUGAUGCCUUGUAGUAUACGUGAUCAGGUUGAUAGAUUAGUAGGGGUUGAAAAGGAGGUUGAGUUUGGGGACAGGAAGGUUAAUUUCCUAGGGAAAAUGAAGGACAGAGUUAUGAUAAGAAUUGUGUUGAGUAUCAUCUAUAAUGUUGGAGGUAAUGAGGUUGAAGAAAUGGAGUUAGAGUUUUCAAUCCAGAAAGAUAAAGUUGAUCAGUUUGUCAUGAAGAAUAUUGCUAAACAACUUGAGUUGUCAACUGAAGAUGUUGCAGUGGCUAUUGAGAUUAUGGAUCAACUGAUAAAAGAAGUUAUGUGCAAUCAGAAUUCUGCCUAUAAAGGUGUUUUGAAUGCUCAGAAUUUAUCUGAUGAAGACCCGUUUUCCAGUUAUUAUGAAUAUUAUGAUGACAAACAGAAAUCUGAGAGAAUGUCUAAUUGCUUUGGGAAGCUGAGCAAGCUGUCUAAGCUGAGAACCUUUUCCUGGCUUUUUGUUUUGAUGGAUUACAAUAUUAGGAUGCAUUUUUCUGACAAGCUAAUCCCUGAUUAA